AUGGCCAUAGAUCUGGACUCAGACCAAAAGGAAGUUGUAGAGAUGGGUUUACAGAGCUAUGGAAACCUCCUGGCUCAUUUAGAAACUGAAGACCCAUCAGAAGCAGCUUGCAAAGUGAAGGAGGAAUUGGAGUCAUUUGAAAAUGCCACGCUAAAUAUCGCCAUCACGGGAGAGACAGGUGCUGGAAAAUCAUCCUUCAUCAAUGCCAUCCGGGGUGUGGGACACGAGGAUGAAAAUGCGGCUGCGACUGGGGAGACAGAAACAACAAGGAAGCCAACUCCUUAUCCACACCCGACAUACCCCCAAGUAACAUUCUGGGACAUGCCAGGAGUUGAAACACCAGAUUUUCAGAUAGACCAAUAUCCUGAAAAAGUAAACUUUGACAGCUAUGAUUUCUUCAUCAUUAUAGCUUCUGAGCGAUUCAAAUCCAGCCAUGCCAAGCUCGCGAGGGAGAUUCGGGGAAUGGGAAAGAAGUUUUACUUUGUGCGCUCCAAAGUAGAUGCUGACUUGUAUAAUGCCAAGAAGCAACGACCCUCCACCUACAAGGAGGAGAAAAUCUUGGAGAUGAUUAAAGAGAAUUGCAUACAGCACCUUGAAGCAGAAGGGAUGACCUCUCCUAAGGUUUUCCUUCUCUCCAGCUUUGAUCUAGAGAAGUAUGAUUUCCUCGACCUAGUGGACACUUUGGAACAUGAACUUCCCAGUCACAAGAGACACGCUUUCCUGCUCAGCCUGCCGAACGUUUCUCCACAGACCUUACAAAAGAAGAAGGAAGCCCUAAAACAGCAGAUAUGGAAAUUAGCCCUCCUGUUGGGAGCUGCGUCUGGAGGCGUGGCUGCGAUUCCUGGUUCUCGUAGCAAAAGUCUCUCUCUUGCUUUUAAUGUUCCCAUCUUGCUGAAAUGCAUGCGCGACUAUUCCAAGAGCUUCGGCCUGGAGGACGACUCCCUUGAAAAACUCGCUCAGCACUCUGGAAAGUCUGUCAAUGACCUGAAAGCCGUGAUAAAAACCCCUCUGGCCAAAGAUCUAACAGUCAAAUAUGUAUGGGAAUUACUGAGCCAGAGCCCGGUCCUGCUCACUUUGAAGUCAAUGGGCGCUUUAUUAUCGUCUUCAAUGGGAGCUAAAUUGCAGGCCAUGACUGAGACUUGGAUGCUGGUAGCAGAUUUUAGUGAGUAUUGCGGGAAAGUCCUACCUGUGUUAUGUGCCCUCACAGCUAGUGGAAUUUCUUAUAGUACCACCAGCUUCGUGCUGCAUAGAUUCCUAGAUGCUGUUGCUGAAGACGCACAACGAAUUCGGGAGGUUGUUUUGGAAGAAGAAGGGAAAAAAUCUAUAUAACAGCAAUGAACCAUCCAUAGACUUGGGAGUGAAUGAAAGAAGCCGAACCCUGCUGAAGAUUGGAGCUGAGCUAUUUGAAAGCCUCACCGAUGCUAGCCAAAGGGAGACUUUUUAUUCUUGAAUUCGCUCCAGCAGAAGAGAAGGAAAUGCCAAACGAGACUGUGGGGUGAUUGUUUGAUUUGUAUUCCGUUUUUCAUUCACUGAAUUAAAUGAACUACAUAUGAAAUCAUUCUGGGGUAAGCUUGCAGAUUUAUACCCCCAACAUUGAAACAAGAUCAGAAAGAUAAAUACUCCUGUGAUAUGAGAGAGUCUGGUAUGUCUAGAACUGAAAGGUGAUGGGUAAUUAUUUUAGUACUUCCCCAAAUAUGACCAACUGUUCCAGAUCUUAAAUUGUAGCUUGCAGGUUUUUCGGAUUUAACAGUAAGGAGUUUCAACAAAGAAGAUAAAUGGUCCCAUUUGCUAAGCAACUAAACAUUUCCUAUAACAACUACUUCCCAGGUGGAGAAACUUGCUAUUUUUAUAUAAUUACAACAAUCUGAUAUUCUUUGGGACCGAUAUUAAGUCCUCCCUUUGGGGGCCUGUAUGUAGAUAGACAGAUGGGAGUGUAUGGGGAUGGAUAGACGGCUGUGUGUAGAUAGACAGAUGGGAGUGUAUGGGGAUGGAUAGAUGGCUGUGUGUAGAUAGACGGCUGUCUGGAGAUAGACAGAUGGGAGUGUAUGGGGAUGGUGUGACUUUAUUGACAUGAACUGUGACCGUAUAGAUCAUUGUUGCAACCAGGGUCUUAUAGUUGCACCAAAUCUUGUAAAAAGGAGGUCCAGUAAGGUGUCUAUGGAAAGGUUACGAUCUGCUGGUUAUGCUUAUGCUAUCUGUAUGCAUGUAGCAAAUUUGUAGUUGAAAUUAUGAAUAUUGGCUAUGUACUUGUAUCUCAAUGUGUUUGAUUCUAAGUAGCAUUAGUGAAGCAUUUGGUCAGCUUCUUGAGAAAGGAAUUUUCAGGUUAAGUGCCCAGUCAAGAAACACUUAACUGACAAUGGACCUUGGAAGACUCCAAUCCACAUGAGAAGUCUUCCUGGGGACGUUCAACAUAGCAUGUAAGCAAUGGCUGCUCUGCCUGUAAAGAACUGAGUCAUGCAUGGACAUGUGACUUGCCCAUGUGAUUCCCAACUCCAUUUUGCUGAUGUGAUUUUCCACAGUAAGAAGAAAGGGGUGUCCUUCCACAUGGCAGAGGAUAUAAAAGGCAGCUGCAUCUCCUCCGUCUUGUCUUCAAUCCUGCUUCAUACCUGUGGAGGAACUUUACUAUAAACUGAAGCACUGAACAAAGGACUGAAUGACCCAUCCAAGCUAUGUAUGUACUCCAGAGACUUGAUUUGAACCUGCAGUUUAUUCCAUCACUGCUACAAGCCUGAACCAAGAACUUUGCCAUUACUGUAUGUAAUUGAUUCCAUUUAACCACUUUUAGCUCUCAUCUAUAUUUCUUUCUUUUUAUGAAUAAACCUGU